UGAAUACGGAUAUGUGGACGACCCCCGGAACACGGAUAAUAGUCAACAAUGCUGAGUUUUAUUUAAAAGGUUUCUAGAAUUCUUCUAUUUGGUUUGUUCGAAUUUCCUUCAACAUAAGAAAUAAAUGCGAAAUGGCACUGUUACCCCCGGAUCCCGUUUUCACGUUCAAUCAACGAAUCGGCCCUGUGAAUUCUUUAUGCUUUCACCACCAUGAACGGCUUUUCGCAGGAACCCAAAAAGGUCAAGUUUAUUUGUUUGACCUACAGACAAAUAGGUCAACUUUCAAUAUGACAAUUGGCGAAAAUCCUUUGCUUUCGAUUCGUCAUUCAGAAGAUUAUUUAUUUUCGAUGGAGAAAGGAGGAACAUUCAAGCAGAACCAACUAACGAAUUCGGGCUACAAGCUGGCAAAUGAAAUCCAACAGGAACACACUGGUUUUUGUGGGUUUGAUUGUAGUAGUGAAGAUAAUAUAAUCUUAGCUCCGAAGGACGAGAACUGCAUCAGUGUCUUAUCGCUGGACACUUUGAAGGAAAUUCACAAAUUGACCGUUCCUCCAGACACUCAGACUGGCCCUAUUUCGUGCGUAAAAUACUUAAAUAUGCAUUACGCGUUGGCUGCGUAUUCGUGUGGCUACGUGAUGCUGUGGGACUUGCGUAGCUAUAAAAUCCUAGCUGAAGAGCGCUUCAACGAUUGUAUAACAUCGAUUGAUUAUGAUCUCGUGACAAAUCGUGGCAUUAUUGGCAGUGCAUGUGAUAAAAUUGAACUUUUCUCAUUUAACACAACAGAUGCUAAAAUAUCGAAAAAGGCUGAUUUACAAAUUAAGAAUCCAGGGGUUAAUUGUGUAAAGAUACGAAAGGACUUGAAGGUGUUUGUGUCCGGCGGAUUCGAUGGUCGUCUAAGAGUUUUCUCGUGGAAAAGCAAACGUUUGCUCACUGUCUUGUCGGAACACAAAGGAAAUCUAAUGGAUAUUGCUUUUUCCGAUGGACCCGUAUCCUUUUGGAAGGCAAACAUUAUGGCAGCAAGUGGAAGUGAUGGGAAAAUAACUUUGUGGGACAUUUACAAUUAAUGUUGGCUCACAGGUCAAAGCAUUACUUAGUUUUUGUUAAAACUGCAUUUGCCUAAUAAGUUGUUUUAAAAUAAAAAAUAUAUAUAUUUUGCUACUAUAAACUAAAAAAGUAAACAAUCAUUGUUAUCAAUAUUUAUUU